CCCACCAAUCUUGUUCAACUUCACUCUUUCUUGGCUGAAACCAGAGUAAGAAGCGAUUACCAAUUUGCUAACUCCAAUGGCAGACUUCUCUCUCCCCAAGGAUUCUUAUUUCCUUGGAUUUGACAGCUCUACCCAGUCAUUGAAGGCAACUGUGCUAGACUCCAAUCUCAAUUUUGUUACCUCAGAGAUUGUCCAAUUUGACACUAGUUUGCCUCAUUACAAAACCAAAGAUGGAGUUUACCGAGAUGCCUCGGUUGAUGGUAGAAUUGUUUCCCCCACCUUGAUGUGGGUAGAAGCUCUAGAUCUUGUACUUGAUAAACUUUUGAAAUCAAAGUUGGAUUUUGGGAAGAUCAUUGCUGUUUCGGGUAGUGGGCAGCAACAUGGUAGUGUCUAUUGGAAGAAUGGGAGUUCCUCAAUCUUGUCAUCAUUGGACCCCAAAAAGCCAAUGGUGGAUCAGCUCAAAGAUGCCUUUUCGGUGAAGGAAUCGCCGGUAUGGAUGGACAGCAGCACCACAGCACAAUGUAAAGAAUUGGAGAAUGCUGUUGGUGGAGCAUUGCAGCUAUCCCAAAUUACAGGUUCACGUGCAUACGAAAGAUUCACAGGACCACAGAUCAAGAAGAUAUUCGAGACACAUCCAGAAGUUUAUAGCAACACUGAGAGGAUCUCUCUCGUUAGUUCUUUUUUGGCGUCUCUUCUAAUUGGGGGAUAUGCCUGUAUUGAUGAAACUGAUGGUGCAGGGAUGAACUUGAUGGAUAUAAAGAAAAGGAUCUGGUCUAAAGUACUAUUAGAGGCCACUGCCCCUGGCCUGGAGGAUAAACUUGGAAAGUUAGCCCCUGCCCAUGCUGUUGCAGGUCACAUUGCUCCCUAUUUCGUGGAGAGAUAUAAAUUCAACAAGGAUUGCUUGGUUAUUCAGUGGUCAGGAGACAAUCCUAACAGCUUAGCAGGCUUAACCCUAAGUACGCCAGGGGAUCUUGCAUUGAGUCUUGGCACAAGUGAUACUGUCUUCGGCAUUACGGAUGAUCCUCAUCCUGGAAUGGAAGGACAUGUUUUCCCUAAUCCUGUUGACACGAAAAGCUACAUGGUAAUGUUGUGUUACAAGAAUGGGUCUCUAACUCGUGAAGAUAUUCGGAACCGCUAUUGCGGAAGUUCUUGGGAUAAAUUCAACGACUAUCUUACAUAUGCGAAGCCCCUAAAUGCUGGAAAGAUGGGUUUCUACUAUAAGGAGCAUGAAAUUCUUCCCCCACUUCCAGUUGGAAUUCACCGCUACAGUCUUGAAAAUUUCACCGGUGACACUUUGGAGGGUGUGACUGUACGUGAAGUGGAGCAGCAUUUUGAACCAGUUUUUGAUGAGGCUCGGGCAGUAGUAGAGGGCCAGUUCAUGUCAAUGCGAGGUCAUGCAGAAAGAUUUGGAAUGCCUUCUCCUCCAGAACGAAUAAUAGCAACUGGUGGUGCAUCAGUGAAUCGUUCCUUCCUGUACAUUGCAGCGUGCGUCUUUGGAUGUGAGGUGUACACAGUUCAUAGAGCUGAUUCAGCUUCUCUUGGAGCUGCAUUGAGGGCUGCUCAUGGUUGGCUAUGCAGCACAAAAGGUACUUUUGUGCCCUUCUUGUGCUUGUAUGAAAAGAAGAGUGGAAAUACGUCCCUCAAGUGCAAACUUGAAGCGGUUUCAGACAAAAAUUUGGUUAACAAGUAUGCAUUAAUGGUGAAGAAGAGACUUGAAAUAGAGAACCGCCUCGUUGAAAAACUCGGACGCAUGUAAAGUUUCAGUUUGCAUGUGGUAUAUUCAGUCUGACACUGGGAUGCUUCAGAGUCCAGAUUUCUUGGUGUAAUGCAUCGAAGACUCUAAUUCAUAGCCCUCCUCUAGGUUUGAGUCUUUGAGAAGAGAGAAUAAAGUUCUAGUGUGAGAAUGAGAAAAUCAUCGUUGCAGCUGAGUUGAGGGAUUAGGUUUAGUUACAUAGUUCUGGAGUUUAAGUUUAAUCAAUAAGACCUCGACACAUAUUACUGAGGACAAGUGUGUAGUAAAGAUGGUCCAAGACAUGAAAAUUUCCAUCAUCUCAAGCACCUUUUUUUUUUUCAGACACCACCAACAACCACAACAGAUAGCAAGCAAACACAAAGCAAGACCUGAACCAUAGAAUGCCAAAAAAGUGGUUUUAUAAAAUAUGAAGUAUCAAUCAAUUUGAGAAAGACCUUAUCCACCAAAGCCUUCAAACUUUUUCUAACCUAGAAAGGGGUCGGAGUUAAAGACAACAGAAGAACUAGAAAGCAUGCCUAUAGGAUCUUAGCAUCUUAGGUAUAGGCAGGCCAAUGUCAGCUCAUCUUGUCUUGUUUGCUGCCUUCUGGAGAGGGCAUGUAUGUCCUAUGUAUCUAAAUGUUAUCCAAUCAUCGGGGAAGAAGGGAAUAAAUAAUUAGAUAUAGAUAAAUUAAUGUUUUGAAAGGUAUCCUAUCCAACAAACAUAUUGGCCAUACAGAAUAUAAUUGUAGCCUAAUUUCUACAAAUGCAGAAUGUUAAGCUUAGAAGUAUCUGACAAGAACAGCCUUGAGACAAUGGAUCCCUAUUAUGGAAUUAGAAAACAUCAAUCUCAUAUAAUGUCUACGAAAGGCUGAAAUGAAAAGGGAAAAUAACAGUCCAUCUGCAAACUGCUUUUUGAAUAAACAGAGGAGUAGCCUACACUUCAUUUGCAAACUGCUAGUUCUUACUUCAUACCACUGUGAGACUCUGGUACCAAAUGCAAUACUAGAGUUUAUUAUAUAAGAGCAGAAACAAAUAGUUAUGGUGUAACCAUGCUCUAAUGAAUGAAGUUCAUGAUAUAAUGUAAACAAGUCAG